UAAGUUGGCAACCUCAGCAGCUUGGUAACUUAUAAUCCUUUUUGCAAUAUGUUUUCAAAUUUUAAUGAGCUAUUUUAUUUGAACAAUGUAUUUAUUUACCCGAGGGCAACAUAAAUAAGCCAUCAGCAAUUUCUUUUGAUUAGUUAAUGGCGUUUAUUUGAUUUCAAAUUGUUUACUACACGCGCAGCUGGGCUGGGGCUCUGUAGCCUCCGCCGGGGCUCUCGUCUGUUGGCCAACUUUGCCUGAGUUACAUAAGGCACGUAGCGCAAAAGUGAAGAAACACUUGUUGGUUAGCUGCUUGUCUGAUUGGAUGGGGUUGCAGCUUGUAGGGGUCUGGCUGGCACGUAGCAAGGGCAAAUCACAGUUGUGCGAUUACCAACUUGGCAAAUGAAUUGAAUAUAAGCAAUGGGAAUGGUAAUAGAUGAUUAAAGUAAAGGCAGACAGUUAUAAAUGGGCGUUGCGCAAGAGAAGAAUAAAAGUGUUGCCUACUUUUAAGGGCAGCCGCCUGCUUAAGUUGCACUGCGCCGUGUGAAGUGUGCCGCGUGUUCAUUUGAUAAAAAUAACAAGAAAAAGCCCCCGCAGCAGACAACUAACUGCAACACUUGUGUAAAAAUAAACUACAGCGCAAAAAUAAAUACAUAAAAAAGAAUUUGCAAACAAACAACGAAAAACUGUGAACUGUGUCGUUGUUUUUGUUGACGUUUAUUGUGCGAAGGUUGCGUGUUUAUUUUGUGAGCCAAGCGCCAUAGAAUGUGCCACUAAGUGUACGAAAUCCUCAAACAACGGCAACGGCAACGGAAACGGAAACGGAAACGAAAACAGCAUGCCAAGGAUUAUUAGCAGAGCAGGCACCAGCCGAGGCACCAGCAUGACAAGCAUCAAUUGCUUGUGGCUCUGUUUGCUGCUCUGGCAUAGUUGCAGCAUUUUUGGAUUACUGCGUCUCGAACAGCACCUGGCCGAGGCUUUGCCUUUCGAGUAUUUAGACGAACAUGUGGAUGACUUCAACUACGACCUGGACGAGGCACAAUCCCAGGCCAAAUACGAUGCACGCCUGCUGUCCGAGCAAAUGCUAAGCGACGCUGAGAUUCAGCAGAGAGCAGACAUUGAAUCCGGCAUUAUCUCCAAUUCUAACACCAACAAAAACGACAACAACAACAACAACAAUUUCAAUGCCAACUCCAACACCGACUCGACGGCUGCUGCCGCUGGCUCCAGCUCUGCGGCUGAGGUUGCGGACGACUUGGAGCCACACAGCAGGGCAGCGGCAUGUUUCACAAAUGGCCACAAGUACACACACGGCCAAAAGGUGCCGCGUUUGGAUCCCUGCGAGGUUUGCCUUUGCAUGGACGGCGAAAUAUUCUGCUGGUGGGAGAAAUGCGAUAAGGCGAAUGUAAAUAUAGUAGCGACAGCAGCUGCAGCGGCAGAGGUUGAGGCAGAGGCAGAGACAGAGGCAACGGCAACGGCAGCUGCAGCGGAUGGCGGCGGUGACUAUUCGGAUCCGUAUCGGUACGAGACCACAACGAGAAAAUCAACAAAACUGCACAAAACGGCGAGGAAAGCUGGCAAGCGGCACAAGCAUCACAAGAAUCAAAAGAAUUUUAAUGACUACGAAGUUUACCACAGCCGCAAGCAGGCGCCGGAUUAUGAAAAGCCAGACAUAAAGCAACAAAAACAAAAGAGCGACAGCGUUGCCAACCACAGCAACUACAAUAUAAUCAAGCAACACAAACAUGAGCCGCAGCAAAAGUUGGCAACGGCAACGGCAACGGCAAACCUCCAGCAACAACAGCAGCAGCAGCAACAUAAGAAACCCCCUCAACAGCAGCAGCAGCAGCCACUCCAUAUGGCAGCAACUUCUGUUAAUCAAGCAGCAAAGGAAACGCAUUAUCAACAACAAUUGGCACCGCCUCAGCAGCAGCAGCAACAGCAGCAGCAGCCGCCACAGCAGCAACACCUACACCAACAGCAGCAGCAGCAACAUUUGCACGCCCAUCAGCCUCACUCGUCCAGUAAAAUUUUAAAUUUUCCCGAAAAUUUGCCGGCCCUGCUUUAUUACGACUACAAAACGGAGGAGCAUGAGCAUCAUCAGCAUCAGCAUCAUCAGCAGCACUUGCUGCAUGAAAAGCAACGGCUGCAACAACAACAGCAGCAACAGCAGCAGCAACAGCAGCUGCGGCAGCAACAGCAGAAGAUACUGCAAAAGACGAACGCAAUUGUUGAACUCAGCACAGACUUGGGCACUGAUAAAAACUUUGAUGAGGCGGAAACAGACAGCGAUAUUUUGCCCGAGCCACCAACCAAGCGACCAGCAACAACAUUGACAGCCACCAGCAGCAACAGCAGCAACAACAGCAACAGCAGCAGCAGCAGCAGUAGCAGCAGCAUAGUCAAGGCGACAACAAUGGCAGCAGCAGCAACAACAAUCGAAAUGAUGACAACGCCGCGCAGCCAACCAGCAGCCACAGCGGUUGCUAUGGCAAAUACAAAUCUGCAACAGGAUCAGGAAAUUGAGGAAGCUGACGAUGCAUUUCAUCGCUGGCUGACAUCGACGGAACUGAAUGUUGACAGCACAAACACGCUCGACGAUAGCUUGGCAGCAGCUGCGGCAGCAGCAGCAGCAGCAGUUGCUGUCGAACAGGAAACGCCAGCAUCAACAAUAAUCGAUGAUGUUGGCAUUAACAAAGGCAACAACAACACCACCAGCAGCAGCAGCAGCAGCAGCAAAGACAAUGGCAACAGGCACGGCAACAACAUAGCUGACAAUGCGGAUGCUGUGUUCUUUCGUAGCUCCUACAAUGAUUACAGCAGCGAAUUCAAUGGCAGCGUAGUCAAUAUUGACAUUACACUAACUGCUGUCGAUGUGCACCCACAUCAACAACAUCAGCAACAGCAGCAGCAGCAGUUGCCCAAAGCUGAUGCCAGUGCGCAAACGGAUUUAAUUGCAAAAGACAACCAAACGUCAGACGUGGGCGCUGCUGCUGCGAGACAACAAACAACAAUGCAACCAGCAACAGCAGCCACAACAACAACAACGCCGCGUGUGGCCAUCAGCAGCAGCAGCAGCAGCAGCAGCAAUCAGUACAGUGUGCCGCCCUACACGCUGACAACGAUUAUAACAACAACGCCGCUGGCAACGGGGCGUAUGUGCAAUGUACUUGGCAAAUUGUAUAAAAUUGGUGAAAUUCUGCCACAGGACACCGGCAACUGUUUGCAGUGCAUUUGCACGGAUGCGGUGACACCUGAUGAGCUGCCCAGCGUCACAUGCAGUCCCCACAACUGCCCGCCGCUCGUCCUGCCCGAUCUGUUCGAUGCGACUGGUUACUGAGGUUACGGGUAUGUGCUGUAAGUUGCAAAAUCUGCCAAGAGACAGAAGUUCAAUACAAAUAAAAAAAGAAAGCAAAAAACCAAAUUAUAAUCAAAUACACGCAUGCAUAUAUUGAACAAAUUGGAGAAACAAAAACAAGGUAAAAGCAAAUUAAUGCACAUUAAUUGAAUUUUAAUUGGAUUGGAAUUAAGCGUGGGCAAUUAUUAAAAUUUCAACUGCAGCAGCCAUAAACUCACACGAAACUAAUUAAACAGUUACACACACUUUCUAUCAAACACACACACAGUCGCAUACUCAACUUUAACUCAGUCUUUGGACUAACUCAGCAGUAGCUAUAUACAAUUUAUGGAUUUCAUGUAAAGCCCUCCCUAUCAUGAGUGCAUUGCACACUCACUAAAACAAAUACAAAACCUAUCAACAGCAACUAGAAGAACAACAACGACAACUACAACACACACACAUGCAUAUAAAGUUACUCAUUUACCUAUAGCUGAUAUGUAUGUAUAUGUGUGUUAAGUGGAACAGAUUAAAUUGCUGAGAGCAAAGUCUAGUUUAUAAGCUGAAUGUUUAUGCAUUUUACAUACAACAACAAAACGUAGUUGAGAAGCCAACAAAUCUACCCACCCCCGCCCCGCCAUUCAACCCUCUGCCCAGUCUCUUAAUCAAAUGGAAAUAAAUGUAUACACCAUUAGAAAUUUUAAAGAAUUUAUAGAUGUACUUAAAGCCCACACAGACACACACUCACACUGUGCAACAUUAAAUACCUA